AUGUUCACCUCCAAACCCGCAAACGGCAGAAUCAGCCAGCGCGAUAUUAAAAAGAGCGUGUUCUCGGUUGGCAACAACAAUGAUCGCACGCGCUCAGAGCGCUUCAUGAGAAUCCCUCAUGCUCCCAACACCAUGAAAAGGGGCCGCGACGAAUUCUUUUCGCGCGAGGAUGCGAGAAGCUCUGAUAGCGAAGACUUUAGUAUUCAUGAGAAUCAUUUCCUGAAUGGUGGCGGCAUUACCCACGGCCAUGCCCUGGUCUUGGACAGUUUCCCACUUAGCAGCCCCAGCAGUCAGUCUUUUGCCGCGUUUAGCUACCAUUUUGGCGCAUGGGACCAUUUGCCUGAUUUUGAUCUCAUCUCGGAAGCAUCGAGCAGAUCUGAUACUUCUCGCAAAUCUGGUUUCGGAUCACCCUCCGCUUCUCUCUCAAGUUCCCUUAGAAGCUUAAACAUCUAUGGUGCUGAAUAUGGUGUCGACGACUGGGCGUCCGACAAAUCUUACCUUUCCAGCGAGAAAAGUAGCAUGCUGGGUACUGACGAAGCGCCGGCCAGUUCUCCCAUUGGCAUGCACUCCGCAUUCCAUGGAGAUCAUGAAUUCCAAUUUGGAGGCACCUCACACUCAAUGAAGAUGACUGAUGAGAAUUUGAACGCAUCGCUCUGGCCUGCUAUGCCGAGUAACAUUCAGCUGGUCCCGCCUCCAGGUGCCAUUUUCAGUCCCCCCAUUCGCACAUUCGCGCAGAAGGUCGGGUCGCCAACAAAGGUAAUGCAAGUGUCUACCCAGGAGGACUUGCUUAAGAAUAAUGUCAAGAAACUGGGCUCGAUGAAGCAUUGGCCUGUUUUGACGCCUACUACUAUCCCCAACGCCUCAGAGGAGGAACCGCAGAAGAAGCGGCGCUUUAUGCCCUCAUCUCCGCGGAGCUCGUCUGUUUCUUCCUUGAAGCACCAAUUGUCCCCUUGCUUGAACAAGGAGAAGCGUCGGGGUCUUUUGGCCAAAGGUUUGAGAAUGAAGAAGGGAGGUGCGAAGAAGAUUAGAACAGCUUAG